CGCGCGCCGCUCGCUCUUGACCUGGCGUCUGAGCGGCCAGGGAAAGGCGGCGGAGGCAGCGGGCCCCGGGCGCCCACGGCUGGGGCAGGGACCACGUAUCCCGCGCCCCGUGCCCCGCGGAGAGGGCUGUGAUUGGAGCAGGCGUCCGCGCCCCGCCCGCCGCAGCGGGCGCCGCCGGUCCGCCCAGUGCGCCCAGCUGCGCGCACUGGGUCCCGAGGCGCCCAACGGCGCCCGGCUGCUGAGCUUGCGCCCUCUCGGAUGCAAACGCCCGGGUCGCUGGCGCCGGACGCCGCGGGGAGGGCAGCGAGGCCCCAGGUACCCAUUACACCAUUCUUUGGCGAAGGUUAUUGGGCAGUUUUGACCUCUCCCAAUCGAACACUCUACAAAUUACCAUCUCUGGACUCCCAGCUGACACCCUGCCGGAGGCAAGAGCUACUAAGCCAACUGGAACUGUGCCUUUUCUCUUGUCAAGGUUUUCUUCUUACACAGGAAAAAGAAAGAAAAAAAAACGAUGAAGUUGGGCAAAGUGGAGUUCUGCCAUUUUCUGCAGCUAGUGGCUCUCUUCCUGUGUUUUUCUGGAAUGAGUCAAGCAGAGCUCUCAAAGUCCGGAUCAAAGCCCUAUUUCCAAUCAGGGAGAUCCCGGACCAAGCGCAGCUGGGUGUGGAAUCAGUUCUUUGUGCUGGAGGAGUACAUGGGUUCAGACCCCCUCUAUGUAGGCAAGCUUCACUCUGAUGUUGAUAAAGGAGAUGGUUCCAUCAAAUACAUCUUGUCAGGCGAAGGGGCAAGUUCCAUUUUCAUUAUUGAUGAGAACACGGGGGAUAUUCAUGCCACCAAGAGGCUGGACCGCGAGGAGCAGGCCUACUACACCCUCCGAGCCCAGGCACUGGACAGACUCACCAACAAGCCCGUGGAGCCCGAGUCUGAGUUCGUCAUCAAGAUUCAGGACAUCAACGACAAUGAACCCAAAUUCUUAGAUGGCCCGUACACCGCAGGGGUUCCUGAAAUGUCUCCUGUGGGGACUUCAGUGGUACAAGUGACAGCAACGGAUGCUGAUGAUCCCACGUAUGGCAACAGUGCCCGAGUGGUCUACAGUAUCCUGCAGGGACAGCCGUACUUCUCUGUGGAACCAAAGACAGGAGUCAUCAAGACCGCCCUUCCAAACAUGGAUAGAGAGGCUAAAGACCAGUAUUUGCUUGUUAUCCAGGCAAAGGAUAUGGUUGGUCAAAAUGGAGGACUCUCUGGAACCACGUCAGUCACUGUGACCCUAACUGAUGUCAACGAUAACCCGCCUCGCUUUCCUCGAAGGUCGUACCAAUAUAAUGUCCCAGAAUCAUUGCCAGUGGCUUCCAUUGUGGCCAGAAUUAAAGCUGCUGAUGCGGAUGUAGGAGCUAAUGCUGAAAUGGAAUACAAGAUUGUGGAUGGUGAUGGAUUAGGGAUUUUCAAGAUUUCUGUUGACAAAGAUACACAGGAAGGAAUCAUUACUAUACAGAAGGACUUGGAUUUUGAAGCCAAAACAAGUUAUACCCUACGGAUAGAAGCUGCAAACAAAGAUGCUGACCCUCGCUUUCUAAGCUUGGGACCAUUCAGUGACACAACCACCGUGAAGAUAAUCGUGGAAGAUGUGGAUGAGCCCCCCGUGUUUUCCUCACCCUUGUACCCCAUGGAGGUGUCAGAAGCUACCCAGGUUGGGAAUAUCAUUGGUACUGUAGCAGCUCAUGACCCAGAUUCUUCCAACAGCCCUGUGAGGUAUUCAAUUGAUAGAAACACAGACUUGGAGCGAUAUUUCAACAUUGAUGCCAACAGUGGAGUUAUCACAACUGCCAAAUCUUUGGAUCGAGAGACAAAUGCUGUUCAUAAUAUCACAGUCCUUGCAAUGGAGAGCCAGAAUCCAUCUCAAGUUGGAAGAGGCUAUGUGGCCAUCACUAUACUCGACAUCAAUGACAACGCCCCUGAAUUCGCCAUGGACUACGAGACCACGGUCUGUGAAAAUGCCCAGCCAGGCCAGGUUAUCCAGAAAAUCAGUGCUGUCGAUAAAGACGAACCAUCUAAUGGACACCAGUUUUAUUUCAGCUUAACAACGGAUGCAGCAAAUAACCACAACUUCUCAUUGAAAGAUAACAAAGACAACACAGCCUCAAUUCUCACCAGGAGAAAUGGCUUCCGGAGACAGGAGCAAUCUGUUUAUUAUCUGCCAAUCUUCAUUGUGGACAGCGGAUCUCCUUCACUCAGCAGCACCAACACCCUCACCAUCCGUGUCUGUGACUGCGAUGCAGAUGGGGUGGCCCAGACCUGCAACGCUGAGGCCUACGUCCUCCCUGCUGGCCUCAGUACAGGAGCCCUCAUUGCAAUACUGGCCUGUGUCUUAACGUUACUGGUGUUGAUCCUCCUGAUCGUCACGAUGAGAAGACGGAAGAAAGAGCCCCUCAUCUUCGAUGAAGAGCGAGAUAUCAGAGAGAAUAUCGUGAGAUACGAUGACGAGGGAGGGGGAGAGGAGGAUACGGAAGCCUUUGACAUGGCCGCACUCAGAAACCUGCAUGUCAUCAGGGACACCAAGACCCGGAGGGACGUGACUCCCGAAAUUCAGUUCUUGAGUCGGCCGACUUUUAAAAGCAUCCCAGACAAUGUCAUUUUCCGGGAAUUUAUCUGGGAAAGACUGAAAGAAGCCGAUGUGGACCCCUGUGCCCCCCCUUACGAUUCCUUGCAGACAUACGCCUUCGAAGGAAAUGGCUCAGUGGCCGAAUCCCUUAGCUCCUUAGAGUCUAUCAGCUCAAACUCUGAUCAGAAUUACGACUACCUUAGUGACUGGGGCCCACGUUUUAAACGACUUGCAGACAUGUAUGGAACCGGCCAGGAGAGUCUGUACUCAUAGCCUUGGAACCUCCAUUUGCGAUGUACUGAAGAAAGAGUCAAAGCAAAAAAAAUAAACACACACACACAUAAAACCAACCCACUGCAUACAGAAAACAAGAACUCCACUUGCUAGAGGAAAUGGUUGUAAAUAUUUCUCCAUUUUUAACCGUUUAGGUUUCUGCCUUGGUGAAGCAUAUCUUCAUUAGACUUACCCAAGGGACCGCACUGACCAUAGACUCUGAGCAUUUGAAGGCAUUUUGAUAAAAAAAAAUGUUCUGUGGUUUGUGAAUAGAUAGCAACUCUCAGAUACCUGCAAAGGCACCUAAACUCUAUGAGAAAGUAGUGCCCUGAGCAGUCAGUGACCCCAGGAUCCUGUACAGAUCUUCACGGUACUGGCAGUAAAAGGGAUAGUAGGAUGUGCCAUUGAAAAGUCGUGGAACUUCCUGCAUAUCAAAACUUGGGACAGAUUUAAUUUUCAGUGAUGCUUUUAGCUUGCUGGAUUAUAGAACCCAGCAGAAUUUUAUUGCCGUGGGUUAGCAAAUAGAUUUUAUUUCACAGUAUAAAAAUUCUUAGAAAAUCCUCCCCAAUCCUCCAACACAAGACAAUAAAAUUGGUUUAAGGCAAUGUAAACUGUUGUUUAGCCAACAAAUUAUAAAGUGUUCCAAAUAAGCAAAAGGUAAAUCAUUCUUACAGUUUGCAGUUGUUUUGAGAUGCUUGUGUAGGUAUGAAAAAAAGUUGCUGUCUAUUUGUUGAUUUUUAUUAUCUCUUCUGAUUUGUACAGGAGAAUAUCUUUCCUUUUUUUAUUUGACACAUGGUGUUAUAUUUAUUUUGGAGCUCCAAUCUCCACUAAAUUCAGGUCCAUCUUCCUGCCUCAUAAUAUUAAGCUCAUCAGAAGAUGCUGAUUUUUCUCCAGUUCUGAGCUACGUGAAGGAAAUGAAGCAUGGAAAUGGGGAAAAAAGUACAGCAAUUUAGCCUUGUUGACGUUCACAUCUCAGAAAGGAGCACAGCUACAAGGAUAUAUGAGUUGUUUGAGCCGUUAGAAUUUACAAAACAUUAGAAUAAAAUAUUCGUAUUUUAGAAGGAAGAUUUCAGAGAAAAUUGAGAUUUUCUUUGAUGCCAGAUUUAUUUUUCAAGGUCACAAAUUCUAUAUGCCCCAAAGACCUUGGAAAAUUUGUUUUCUCUCAGCCUUUUUUGCUGUAAAAAUACUGAGUAUAAGACUGAUUUUUUUUAAAUAUAUCUUAAACAAUGUAAUGUUAUAAAUUUCAAAAUCCAUCUUUAAAUUUUGAUGCAGAUGUGUUUGCUCAAGAAUUAACCAAGCAUGUAUAAUUUCUAAACCAGUUUAGAGUGCCAAAGUGAGGAGAGAAAUUUCAAGUGAUCACAUGUGUUUAAAUGUAAGGAAAAAGAAGAAUUUUAGGAAAUAAAGAAUAUUUCUACCUAACCUUUUUUCUAGAAUAAUACAAGUUUAAUGUGAAUAUAUUCAAUCAAGCAAGAAUGAAUUUCUUUUCUCCUUUUAAAAGGGUUUAUUGUUGGGUUCCAAAUAAACCUACAGAUAGUGGACACUAUAUAGGAAAUUGUGUUCUAAAAGUGCUUCUUUCUGAAAGACAAGUGCUAGAACCAGAACAUCAAUAUUUUGAUUACAUGAGGAGAAAUUGUAGGAUCCUGUAAAAUUGCAGCCCACCUUUAGAAAUGAAGUAUGUGAAAGUGGCCUUCAGCUUUAUCAAAUAAAUAAUUCAGUAAAUCUAAUUAUUUGCAAAUAGUCCUUUCAUUUGAAUAAAGUUUUAUUGACAUUGUUUCAUGACUAAAUAUGCUUCUUACUGUAUUAAUAUAUAUAAAGCAAUUUUAUAAGAGUGAAGGAUGCUGUUCUUGACUUUUAGUCACAUAUGUAAAAUUUUCAAAUUAAAGUAAAGCAUAGUACAGUCACCCAAUUCAAUAAAAUCAAAGUGUGGUGCAGGCAUUAUAUAGGUGUUAAAUCAACAAGAUUCUGAGAAUACAAUUUUGUAAUAAUCCCCUUGUUAUUUGUAAGAAGGUAAAACAGUACAUUUGGAUUAUGGUGUCAAAAUUGUUGCACAUGUCACUACAUGGAAGUUUGUAUUUUAGAAAAGGAACAUCACAUCAUUCACCUUGCUUUG